AUGGUGGCGUCAACGUCAACUACUGUCAAGGAAGGAACGACAUCCACUCAGCCUCCUACCACUAGCACGACCAAGGAGGCAUCAACGUCAACUACUGUCAAGGAAGGAACGACAUCCACUCAGCCUCCUACCACUAGCACUACCAUGGUGGCAUCAACGUCAACUACUGUCAAGGAAGGAACGACAUCCACUCAGCCUCCUACACUAGCGACCGACCCAAGGCAGCGAUCAACGUCACACUACUGUCAAGGAAAAACGACAUCGCACUCACCUCCCUACCACUAG